CUGUAGUGUCAGUCAGAGACUGCGACGCGGCGCACUGCAGACGGGCACAGGACCGCCCUCGAGCUCGAGGCCACAACACGGACACACCGUUCCUGGGCCUUACUCCGCGCAUGUUGCAGGAUAGUGUAUGCGGUUGCGUUCGUGCGAAGGCUGGACUCGGACACGCGAGCGUCCGGGCAGUCAGGCGACGACGUCGCUUGUGGUCGCAGCGCGCGGCCGCUCGAACGCGAAGCCUCAGGCUCGCGCGCGAAGGAGUCUGAGAAGGAGAAGGCGCAGGCGCACGGACGCCGCCGUAACGGUUCGCGGAUCAUCUUACGGCAGGGGUGUCAGUGCCUGUGUGAGUCGCGGGUGGGUCACGCUGAGAGCGGUGCGUAGGCGAAAUGCGCAGGCGUGGCGUGCAGUAGGUGCAAGCGUGAGUACUAGUACUGUUGCAUUGCAAGUAUGGUACAGUCUAAGUACUCAGGCGAACGCGGGAUGUGGACGUGAAUGGCGCGAACGUCCCACACAUCAAAGCUUCAAGCAUGGCACCUCGGCCUCAUCACUAGCAUAUCAUGCUAAUCAUUGCAAAGUCCAAUUUUCGCGCCGUUCGUCAUGCACCCGAGGGCCGACAUGCCUCGCCAUUCAUACGUGCAGGAUGCUGCCAACGCGCGAUCGGACGUCCUCCGAAGAUGUUCCCUGCCGACUGCCGCUGCGAAACGAUUCGCGCGGGGAAUGGCUGCUCCCGCCGGCGUGCAACGCGCUGGGAAUAUGACGCAGCUGAAACCGCCGCAUCUACGUACUACGCUACGCUACCUCGAGUCCGCGCGGCCUGCUUCGCAGUCAGCGGACUCGGAUCGCAGCUGCGGGUGCAAACACACUCCGUGAGCGCCACGAAGUACCAAGUAGGACGCCGGACAAUGGGCCUAUGUUUCACUAGCAGUAUCA